UUUAAAAUAUGUAAAAUGUGGGGAGGAUGCUGUGGGAUCACCUGUGUCAAGUGUUUAGUUCAAGGCCAGAUGCAGAGCGAGAGAGCUCGAGGCGUCCAGUAGCGUCCAGAGUAGUGGCGAUACAGCUGCCUGACAUCAUCCCUGGGGUGACUCUGGGGUGACUGCCGGUGCAUGUGGGGAGCGUGGGGGUCUAUGAGCAAGGACCAAGCUUGGUCGGCCAGCAUUGGUUCCCUGGGGAAGAUCCUUUCGUUUUGUCCCUGAGCAGCUGUGCUCCACUGUGGAGCACUGGGGCUCCCCAGGCCCUUUCUGGGGCUCCCCAUUGGGAGGCCUGGAGGAGAAGGCACGUGGUCUGCCUUAACGUCCUCAAAGCUCUGGUCCCCGGCACAGUCCACAGAUGAAUGCACUCGCUGCCGGUGACAGGGCUGCCGCUACCGUACAGAAUUCUGUGUAUUCUACCUGCGUGAUCCAUUCAUUCCUCAGAAUUACCCCGUAGGGUAGGAGAGACGAAUAGCCCCACCAGCCAGCCCCUCGGUCAUGGGGGUGCCUAGCUCCAUCCAAACUGAACCUCGUGUUUGCUGCACGCCUCUCGGUUCUUCCACGCUGCCCCCUCAAGGCAGGGAAGGAGCCCGUGACACGAGCAGAGUUGCCCCAUGUUCACACUGGGCAUGAGUCCUCCGUGGAGAGGUAUGGUGCCAGACUAAAGGGUGACUUGGAUUUCGUAGGACUAGAAAUGUCCUCUGUGGGUCUGGAAGGAAAAACAAACACCUGCUACUAACCUCUCCAAAUGUCUGUGUGCACUUUCGCCCUUAACACCAUCCCUGCCAACAUGUAGGAUAAAACACUGGUCCACAGCCAGUCUUUGCCAUCCUUUUGGCAACACAGUGUUCUCGGACCCUUGCAAACAGAUCCCCAGCAGGGCCUAUGCCUGUAUCUGCGUCUGUUCUCUUGCUGCAGGAACUCAGGACGAAUUGGCUGCCCGGACGCUGUUGGAACAGCCCUAGAACUGGGUGACUAGGGGACUGCACUGAUCUGAGAGCAUGAGUAGAGAGAAGGAUGAGGCGUUGUUUCGUAUACUCCGUAUUUAUGAUGAGCCAGAGGAGACGAGCAACGUGCCCAAAAGCUCUGACAUUUCCUCCCAGUCCCACCAAGCACAGUCCCAACCAGAGGGGGUGUAUGGAACGCCCCCGCAGGCCCCCGGUUUCCUGACACAGCGUGGCCUGCUUUAUCAGGAGAUGAGCGCCGGGAUCCCACAGCAGUGGGUCCUCCAGACUCUGGGCAGAUCUGAGCUCCACACCAGUUGUCUCCCCCAGGCAGAGCCAGAAGCAGCCGCAGAGCUGGCCCCCAGCUUCCUGCCAGGACCCAAGUUUGGCCAGCCUUGCCCCUCACCUCCGCCCAGGGAAGAAGUCUGGUCGUUCCUCAGGACAAUUCCGCCUGUUCCCAAUGAAGCGGUGGUCAGGCAGAGGGUCCCCCGGCGGUGCUGGAAGGUUGGCAGGCUCCGCCACGGGAAGAAAGUCUACGCCGUGGCCAUCAGCAGCUCGACUCACCACGUGUACACGUGUGGCCAUGGCUACAUUAAGGUCUGGGACGAGAGCGCCCUGCAUGCCCUCAGCAAGGCCCCACAGGCCCAGCUGGACUUGCAGGACCGCCAGAACUGUGUCCUGGCCUGCAAGCUGUUCCCGGACGAGCAGUGCCUCAUCACCGGGGGUCUGUCCCGGAGCCUGACCCUGUGGGAUCUGGCGCCCACACCGCGCGUCAGGGCCCAGCUGGCCUCCACGGGCCCCCUGUGCUAUUCCCUGGCGCUCUCCUCCAAUGCCCAGAUCUGCUUGGCGUGUUUCAAAGGAUUUGUCGAGAUUUGGGAUUUGCAGAACCAAAUCUUGAUCAGGAAGCACGAGGUCCCUGAAUAUGGGUCCCGCUGCGUGGACAUCGCAGGCAAUAAGUUCUGGACAGGAGGUGAAGACACCAGACUCUAUUCCUGGGACCUGAGGAGCUACCAGAGGUUGCAGGAGCACGAGUUACGGCAUGAGAUCCUCAGCAUUACCCACGAGCCCACUGAGGAGUGGGUGCUGGUAGGCCUGAGAACAAGCGACAUCAUAAUUCUCCACACACACCGGCCGGAGAAGUUUAAGGCAGUCUUGCAUAAAUACGUCAACCACCACAACCUCAAGUUUGCCUCCUGUGCCCCAAGCCGGGCGGAGUGGAGACCCAGGUGUCCGGUUCCCUGCUGCUGUCACCUCUGCACCUGCUUCUCCACUGCUGCCUCUCCCCCCAUCUCCUGGCCUCCUACCUGUCUUCUGUCCCCAUCCGUCUGCUCUCCGACUCUCCCUGUAACGGUGCCUUCCUACACAGAACAGCAGCCUGGAGACCAGGGCCGGCAGAAAAGGCAUGAAGCCCCAUGAAAUUGUCCUUUUGUGCAGUGAUACUGAGCCCCGUCCCGUGUGGGGCUGGAGGGAAGGGCCAGAUGAGGGAAUGGUUUGGCUCUUGUCUCUGGUUUUUCUAGAUGGGCACAGUGGGCCAGAGGAAGAGCUUCUCUCUGCUCAGUCACCUUGGGGAGGGACCUGGGCCCGGAAUGCAAGCUUGGUCUCUGGCUUCUCCACCUGCCUUUCCUUCGCCAGGGAGCUACUUUGUGACCGCGAUCGACGAGUCGAUCCACUGCAUAGCCGCACCUUCUCUACAAAGGUUGUUUCAGGUAUCGAGAGGAGGGUUCUG